CUUUUUUUUUUUUUUUCUUGCUAUUGUAUGUACAUUUGUCCUUAUAAAAAGGGUUUAUAUGAAAUUUUCAAAGUAUUUGGAAAGUCAGAGUGUGCCUGAAUGGCGGAAGGCUUAUAUUUAUUAUAAAGGACUUAAAAAGAAAUUAAAACAAGUGGAAAGAUUUCGCAAGUCAAAAGAAAGAAGAGCAGCCGUUUACAUAGAUCAAUACUUUCAAAACAUUGACCAGACACCAUCUCACAAGCUAGGAUCAGGGAUAUGCAACUCGCCUUCUUUUAUAUAUUACUUUGAUCGGUCUACUUCUCGGCCAGGUAUAUUAAUAAUAAAAACAUUUAAGCAUGUAUGGACACGUACAUGCCUUGUAUACAAUACUUUGAACAUUUUCUAAAUCAUCUGUUUAUAGCUUCUAUCAAAACAAGCAGAACGAGUAUUUCUAUAUUAGACGAAGUAUUAUAUCAUGCCAGCUCUUCCGAGAGACAGUUUUUUGAUUCUCUAGAUUAUGAACUUGAUAAAAUAUCAAGAUUUUACAAUGAGAAAGAACAAGAAGCUAAACUAAAGCUAGAUGCUUUAAAAGUGCAAGUACAGUUUAUUGCGGAGUUUGGCCGUCAAUUACUUGAUUUAGGACCCACUCAACUUCUUUCACGACAAGUGGAAGAUGGCCGAUCUCAUGGAUUUAAAUAUCAGGAUCAGUCAUAUACAUUGUUCCCUAAUGGAGAACAACGUAUAAGCUAUACCGUAGCCAGAAACAGGUUGAAGAAAGCUAUAACGGAGUACUAUCGAAGCUUAGAAUUCUUAAAGUCGUAUCGAGAGUUAAAUGAAACUGGCUUUCAAAAGAUCUUGAAGAAGUUUGAUAAAAUAGCCGGAUGGAAAGCCAGUACGCUAUAUAUGAAAGUUGUUAGAAAACAACACUGGGUAACUUCUACGGAACUAAACCGUAUUAUAAAUGAGACAGAGGUAUUAAGAAAAACACGCCAUGUAUUUACGUGUAUACAUUCGUGUGCUGCGAUAUUAAAAAAUAAAAUUAGACUUUAUACAUUAACGAAUUUGCGGAUGGACACCGGAGACGCGGCAUGAGUAAACUAAGGGCUCCGGAGGCCAACAAAGUAAGGAUAUACCCCCCCUCUUGUUUGUUAUAUUACUAAUUAUCCUCCUUGUUUUCUUAGGAAUACACUUCAACUACGCUGCGCGUAGGUAUUUUACUGGGCAUGGCUAUUACUUUAUUCAUUCAAGCAAUUCAAAUAGCUGCUGAUCCAUCCAUAUGGACACAACUACCAAAUAUAUACAUCAAUAUGCAGAUCUACGCUUGCUUUCUGCUACCUGUAUUAUUCUGCUUGGGAUUCUCUGUCAAUCUUAUCAUCUGGCAUCGAGCAAGGAUCAACUAUAAAUUCAUAUUUGAAUU